UCUUUGUGUUCUGUGACUCGCACAGGUAAAUUUAAAUCGAUAUUCACCACAACGGGCAGGUGGACUUGUACGUGCAUGAGAAACAAAGGCAAAUCAAAUUACAAAUGGCGAAAUACAAACAGUGAAAUGACAAUUAAGGAUGACACAACGUGUAGUGCAGAACAUCGAGAACGACUACCUCAUCUGCAGUAUCUGCCUGGGGCGCUACACCAACCCCCGGCUGCUUCCAUGUGGACACACCUUCUGCAUGCAAUGUCUCUCCGACUACAUUCAACAAACAGUUCUUAGUCCGAAUGCACGGAAUUUUAAAUGUCCCAUCGAUCGAGGUUUCGUAAGCGGCCCAGGGUCGAAUAUACACACCCGGGAAUGGGCAUCCGCGUUCCCGGUGGAUCAUUUUGCCGUGAAUCUUCUAUCCAUUGUCAACGAGCAGGAGAGGGUUAGUCACCGAGGGACCCCGAAUGGUGCACAAUCAUUCGGAGGAACUGGGCCUUUAACGUCCAGUUCUACUCAAAAUUUUCAACAUUGCUAUGUCCAUCCUGGGCGUGUGGUGGAAUAUUUUUGUUUGGGUUGUAAUGUACUUAUUUGUGCUCAGUGUGCAAUUGAUAAUCAUAAAACCCGUCGAUGUGAAUGUGUUUCCUACGAAGAGGCUCUGACGAAACUUCAGCCUAAAGCGAAUUCUUUACAUGUACGGUUCCAAAAUUUAAUAUUUCGUGCCCAGCAGUUAGUGCAGUAUGGCUCACCAGAACACAAUAGUCUUCGGCAAACAAAAAUUAGGGCUCUAGAGAAUUUAAACGAUAUCGAGUCAAAUAUAAAUCGCUUUUCACAGGUCUGCUUUCAAAAUGCAGAGGACUUGAGACAACAAGUAACUGUUGCAGGGCAAGAACUGCCGUCAGAAACGCGACAGCUAGCAGAUCUUUACGAUAAAAUACAGGAUACCAAACUGACAUUUGAUAAUAUUUUGAGCACGAAUUCUACACAAGACAUUCUGAAUUCCUAUCGCAGAAUAGAGACUCAGGCGGAACAGUACGACAGAGCAUUGGCUUCCAGCUCACAAAGAAACCCUCGGCACAUUGAAAUGUCCGAACAUCCUACUUUAGCAAGAUAUAUGAAUAACCCCCCACCUUUAGCUUCACUGAAGGUGAAGUUUCCACAGCGUCCACAGUCAAGAAUCACAGGUGGCGAUAUCAAUGUAGGUUAUGCCUCUGCACCACCGUCGUCAACAGUAUCUUCCGUUCAUCAACACACUAGCAACCGUAGGGCCACGACGUCCACCGUCCGAAGGCAGCGCAGACUAACCCAAAACAACCAGAGUCGUAGCAAAAGUAAAUCUGUCAUUAAUGUGAAGAAUCCCCAAGAGGAUGCCACGACGUGGCACCUGAAUGGAAUAGUGUUUAUCGGGUAUUAUGUUCUAGUCAUUGACUCUUACAACAAUGUGUUAAGAAAGUGCAGCAUUGCUGGAACAUUCACCACGCACGAAAUCUUACCCCUGGAAGGACCAACUAGCAUAACUUUGAUGGACAAUCCAACAGAGGUCGCUGUGACACAGCCAGAGAAGAAACAAAUCGUGAUCAUAAGUACUGACCAUGAACUUGCCAUUAAAGAAACAAUAAAAACUAAUAAACCUUAUGACGUAAUUUGCUUACACCAAAGAACAAAUUUCGUCACCUGCAGCUUUAGGGGAUCUAAGUGUAUCGACAUCAUCAACAGAGUGGGGCGUAUUCAGAGUUCGAUAGAAAGAUCUCGUAUUUUACGCGAUCCUCGAUAUUUAACGGUUACACGUGACGGUUUAAUUGUAGUCAGUGAUAACGAACUCCGCCGUGUUAUAUGCAUGAAUUCCGAAGGACAGGUGCAGUGGACCCACACUCCGAAUGCUUCUCCAUGGGGUGUGGCAUCUGAUAAAAUGGGGACAAUAUACGUAUGUUUGGACAAUAGUGAGGUUCAAACACUCUCGGACGAUGGACAAGUGAUUGAAGACAAAUUCUUGUCGGCUCGAGAUGGUAUUAAGGUACCCUAUGCUAUAUGUGUUAGAUCGAGACAGCUUGGAAUUACUGAAUUCGGUUCUAGUUUAUUCACUCCAAAUAGUCCGUGGGUUCAUAUCAUAUCUGUUUAAAUGGACCACUCUAUUGACAUAAGCUGAUAAGCUCUUGGGUUCUGUUAGGAUUGUUACAUGAGCUAGUUUAUUUUUCUCUAGUAGUUCCUUGAAUUGGGUUCAUGUUAAAUCUGUUUAGGAGAACCAGGUUAUUCACUCAAUAGUCCUUUGGUUCAAACCAUGUAUGUUCAGGAGAACUUGAUUAUUCACACACUCAUAACAAUCGUGGAUGGGGUUCAAGUUAUAUCUGUUGGGAACCAGAUUAUUAACUAACAUAUCAUAUGGUAGAAUAUGUCACUAUAUUUAACAAUAGUAAUACUUGUAAUGCUAUAGUUACAGUUAAUGCCUAGAUAUGGUAUGCUUACUCCUCCUGGGUACCUGAUCCCGCCUCUGGUAUGGCCAGGGGUCCGAGUUUGCCCAACUAUCUAUUUUGUAUUGCUUGUAGGAGUAUGAGAUUGAUCUUCACCUUGCAUAUAUAUGUACAUUGAUAUACAGUCGUGAUUUUUUUUAUUUACAGUUCUAUAUACGUUGAUUGACUGUAAUAAACAUUUUAUUGCCUGUA